AUGGGUGACUGGAGCUUUCUGGGGAGACUGUUAGAGAAUGCGCAGGAGCACUCCACGGUUAUUGGCAAGGUUUGGCUGACAGUACUGUUUAUCUUCAGGAUACUGGUGCUGGGGGCUGCUGCUGAGGAGGUCUGGGGAGACGAGCAGUCGGACUUUACAUGCAACACUCAGCAACCUGGUUGCGAAAAUGUUUGCUAUGACAAAGCCUUCCCCAUUUCUCACAUUCGCUUCUGGGUGCUGCAGAUCAUUUUUGUCUCCACUCCAACCCUCAUCUACUUGGGCCAUGUGCUGCACAUUGUACGCAUGGAGGAGAAGAGGAAAGAGAAAGAAGAGUUGAAAAAAAGGGGAAGCAUCAAAGACAGCAACUACCCAGGAGCAGCAGCAUCUGGCAGUGGUGGUGGAGGAGGCAGCAAUAACAUCAAGGAUCCUUUUGGCAAAAGGGGGAAGGAGAAGCUCCCGAUACGUGACGAACGAGGUAGAAUCCGUAUGGGGGGUGCCCUGCUCCGUACCUACAUCUUCAACAUCAUUUUCAAGACACUGUUUGAGGUGGGCUUCAUUGUGGGCCAGUACUUCCUAUAUGGCUUUGAGCUAAAGCCGGUCUACCAGUGCAGUCGCUCACCUUGCCCACACACUGUGGACUGCUUCAUCUCAAGGCCCACUGAGAAGACCAUCUUCAUCAUCUUCAUGUUGGUGGUGGCCUCUGUCUCCCUGCUGCUGAACAUGCUUGAGAUAUAUCACUUGGGGUGGAAGAAGCUUAAGCAGGGCAUGACAAGCCGGUACAGCCUUGAGAUGCCUGUCGCAACAAUGACACCAGUCAUGAUAACAGGGGAGUCCAAACCUGUUGCCCUGCCCCCACCCGCACCACCCAUGGUGGUAACAACUGCCGCGCCCCUCCCUGUUCUGCCUGACACCCGCGCUGUCACACCGCUGCUGGCCCCAGUGACCAUGGCACCGUACUAUGCUGCGGCUUCUCCAAGACCACGGCCCCCUUCCAACACGGCCUCCAUGGCCAGCUACCCUGUUGCUCCACUAGUUCCUGAAGAGAGGCACCAUGCUGUGACUCCCACACCCAUCUCCACUCCCGUCACCAUCCCGACCCCCAUGCCCACGCCCACACCAGCUGUCAUCAACUACUUCAACAGCAACAGCCAUGCCCUGGCGGUCGAGCAGAACUGGGUCAACAUGGCAGCUGAGCAGCAGGGGAAGGCGCCCUCCAGCUCGGCGGGCUCCUCUACUCCCAGCAGUGUCCGGCAUCCCCUUCCGGAGCAGGAAGAGCCACUGGAGCAGCUACUCCCACCCCCAGCUGGGCCGCCCGUUGCUGCAGCCAACAGCGGCAGCAGCACCAGCCUGAGUGGGGCAAGCGUCAGCAAGUGGGAUGUGGAGGGUGAGGAAGAGCUGUCAGAGGAACGGCCCAUCUCAGCUGCCUGCACCACUGUGGAGAUGCAUGAGCCACCACUGCUUGUAGACACACGGCGCUUGAGCAGGGCCAGUAAGUCGAGCAGCUGCAGAGCCAGGUCAGAUGACCUGGCCGUGUAGUGCGGUCACCUCUGCUCAGAGGAGC